AUGUCACCCCAUUGGCUGGACAUCCUGAUGGGGGGAAUUCUCCCGAAACAAGGGUCUGAAGAAGCCGCUGGAUUUGAUCUUUACUCGGCCGAGAGCGUUAAGAUACCGGCACAAAGUCGCAAGAUCAUCGGCACCGGCAUUGCAAUGCAGGCCCCUUAUGGCACCUAUGCGCGAAUCGCCCCACGAAGCGGAUUAGCGGUCAAAGGGAUUGACAUUGGUGCUGGAGUCGUCGACUGA